CUAAACUGUAAAGCGGUCGGCGGUGACAACCUCCAAGUGGAAGAAAUCGGCCGGUGGCGAAACAGUUGUACAUAAUUCUUUAAAAAUUUGUCUCGUUUUUUAAUAAUUCGCCAUGGAUGAAGAAUAUGACUGCAUUGUACUUGGAACCGGCCUCAAGGAAUGCAUCAUAUCAGGAAUGCUGUCGGUGUCUGGGAAGAAGGUGCUGCAUAUGGAUAGAAAUAAAUACUAUGGAGGUGAAAGUGCUUCCAUUACACCUUUAGAAGAUCUCUUUACCAAGUUUGGCCUUCCACCACCAGAGGAAGCUUAUGGCAGAACUAGGGACUGGAAUGUUGAUCUCAUUCCUAAAUUUUUGAUGGCCAAUGGUCAGCUGGUGAAACUGCUCAUUCACACUGGUGUAACUAGAUAUCUGGAGUUCAAGUCUGUAGAAGGUAGUUAUGUGUAUAAAGGCAAUAAAAUUUCCAAGGUACCAGCUGAUGAGAAGGAGGCACUCACUUCAGAUCUGAUGGGCAUGUUUGAAAAGAGGAGGUUCAAGAAUUUCCUAGUCUUUGCUCAGGACUACAAGGAAGAUGACCCUAAUACCUGGAAAGCCAUGCCUGGGUUUGAUCCUAAAACUACAACAAUGAGUGCUGUUUUUGCCCAUUUCAAUUUGGACAAAAAUACUAUUGAUUUCACUGGACAUGCUUUGGCACUCUACAGGGAUGAUGACUAUUUGGGAACCCCAGCUGGGGAUACUUUAAGAAGAAUAAAGCUCUACAGUGAUUCCCUUGCAAGAUAUGGCAAGUCUCCUUACCUCUAUCCUCUAUAUGGUUUAGGAGAACUACCUCAAGGGUUUGCUAGGUUGUCGGCCAUUUAUGGUGGUACUUACAUGUUGGACAAACCCAUUGAUGAGAUAGUAAUGGAGGGUAAUAAGGUUGUUGGCGUGCGUUCAGGUGGAGAAACUGCUAAAUGCAAACAAGUUUAUUGUGAUCCAACAUAUGUUCCUGAUAGAGUACAGCAGGUAAGACUUGAAAUAAUUUUUUUUUCUUUUCAUGAAUAAAGAAAGAUUUAAUGA